CAUACUAUCUUUAAUCAUGGUCAAUAAUCACUACUCACGAGUUCAAGACGAUGUUAUCAUGUUGAAGACUUCUCAGUGUUCUCACAGUCUCUCUGUCAUGAUUAAGGUGUCACUAGUCACUACUCAGUACUCACUACGUCUACUCACUUCAUACCUGUGCACUGUGCAUUAGUCAAACACUGCUGCGAGUGCAACUGCAAGUUGAAUUGUUGCAACAGUCCGCACUCAGCUUCUAAGGCUAGGCCGAGUCUAUAGUUCAAUUUCAAAACUAUAUUUUCACUGUGACACUGUAUUGAUUUUUCGUCAAUAGACUAAAAUUUUGAAUAUGCUACCUGCAAAUCGUCGAGUUGAUUCUGAUUCUGAUGAGAGCUUAGAUCGUUUUCCUAGAAAAAAAACCAAAAUAUCUGAUAUAAAUGGACAAUCAUUUGAUAGAGAUAUUUCAAUUGACGAAAGUAGUCAAAAUUAUGAUGAAAUUGAAAUGGGCCAUUAUUUUGAUCACAAAAAUCAAAAUUUGAACAUUAAUCAAACUGCUGUAUCUUCUGAAGCAUCUGAUGAUGAUGACUAUAAUGUUAAUAAAUAUGAAGAUAGUGAAAGUGAAGAUUAUGUACCUAUUUCAGAUGGCGAAUUUGAAUUAGAAAAGUAUGUAAUAAAUGAAACAAAUUCUAAGAUUAUUGGCAGUGAAAAAACUGAUGGUGAGUCUGUCAAAAAUGUUGGUGGUGGUGCCGAUGAUUUUAACAAUGACGAAGAAAAAUUGACUAAAACUUAUAAAUCCAUAGGUAUAGAUAAUGAUGAAUUAUAUGAUUUACUAGAUAAAGCAUAUAGAGACAAACAUAAAACUAAUAGCGAACUUAAAAAGAAAGCUGUUACUCCAGAUGACUUUAAAGAAUAUGAAAAAAUUGUGUUAGAAGAAGUGUGUAAAAAUCAUUUUGAUAUUUUGCCUGAAAAUUGGAUUGAAGCAACUCAUAAAAGUGGCAUGCCUAUUUAUUUACACAAGAAAAGUAGAGUUGUAACAUUAUCAAGACCUUAUUUUUUGGGACCUGGUGAUCCUAAAUCACAUUUAGCUCCAUUAUCAGCAAUUAGUUGUUUACAAUAUCAAAAAGGUCUUGAGAAUAAAGAAAUUAUAAAAAAUGAACCUGAUUUUCAGGUUAGUAAACUUGGUGAUAUGAUUAUACCAAAUGCCAAAGUGGAAACUGCCCAGGAAAAUAUUAUUAAAGAGUCUUUAACACACGAGGAGUUACGGGAAUAUUGUCAAUCACUUUUUAAGUUCAAGGUUAAAGAAGUGAAAGCUUCAAGCAAAAUACCGAAAGAACAAAAUAUAAAAACUGAAAUUUCUAGAUGCACACUAAAAAAUACCAAAGAAAGACCCUCGCUUCCAGAUAGUACUAAAUUGAUAUCAUUUCCAGUUCAAACUGAGGACCACGAUAAACGGUGUAAUCGUCGUCGAGAAUGGAUAAUGAAUCCAAAUGGUAAAAGUUAUGUGAGCAUAUUACAUGAAUAUUUACAACAGGCAUUGAAAACCCAACCUUGGUAUGAGUUUAAAGAACUUGAAAAUACAGAAACACCUUAUUCUGCAACUGUUGUGCUUAAUGAUGUUCAAUAUGGUGUUGGUUUGGGUAAUAGUAAGAAGCAAGCAAAACUUAAUGCUGCUCAAGCCACUUUAGAUAUACUUAUACCUGAAAUGAAAAAUAAAAUAGAUUCAGAUAUCAAAAACCAACGUGAUCCUGUGAUAUUUGACCAAAUUAAAGUCACCGACCCUAGAAUUACUGAAUUCUGUGCUAAAACCACAGAACCUAGUCCGUAUGCUAUGUUAUUAGUGUGUUUGCAAAGAAAUUUUGGUGAAUGUGAAAUAGGUAUUGAAUAUAAAUUGAACAAUCGCCGUAGGAUGUUAAAUCAAUGUACAAUGAUGGUUGGUAAACACACAGCUUCCGUUGCUUGUAAAAAUAAAAGGGAUGGCAAACAAAAAGCUUCUCAAGUGAUACUAGGCUUAUUACAUCCACAUAUUGAUAAUUGGGGUUCGUUGUUACGGCUUUACGGUAACCGGAGUAUUAAGAAUGCUAAAGAAAAAAAACAAGAAGAACAAGAAAUCACUCAGCUCCAGAGUAAAGCUGCUGUAAAUCAACCAAAUUUUGCUAUACUAAAUAAGCUUAAAGAAGAAAUGUUAAAAAUUAGAGACCAAAGAAAAUUAAAAGAAACUAAUGAAACUUUAGGAUUACCUCAAGCAAUGCUUGCUACAACAUGUCCAUAUACCAUAGCAAUUCCAUCAUCAUCAACAAGUCCUAACUAAUAGAUAGUUUUGUCUAGUUUAUUUUUCUCUAUGCUUAAGUUUAAUACAAGUUUGUUGUUUAGUUGAACACUAUUAAUACUUUAAUUGAUGAUUAAAGUUUUUGUAAAAACGUGUAAACAAAUAAUGUGUAUUUGAAAUUACUAAUAUUUAUAUUUAAUUAUCAACAGUAUUAAAAACCUGUCAUAUCUUAUUAUUAUUAAUAAUACUAUAACACAUGUCCAUUGGUGUGAUACUGUGAUUACAUGUGUGCUUUGAUAUGCUAAAUUAACACUUACAUAUUUUUUUUUGCAAAGACUAUAGAUCAAGACUCAUGAUUUAUGAAUUUUUACUUUAACCCUAAAGUUUAUAUUAAAAUAUCAUAGAACUUUUUAUCAACAGUUUUAGUACAAAUUAUAAGAUAGUUUGUAAAAAGUUUCUAUUAAAAUAAAUACAAUUAAUCAAAUUGGUAUGCUUAGAACGUAA